CCCUUACCAGACAAGGGGCACACACAGACUAGACUUAUAAGACACCAGCAGACCCAAGCCAGUCGGAGGAAUUGCCGUCCUCUUGGAGUACAAGUCUGUGUCCUGUCUCGACCGGCUGUACCGCAUCCUCCACCCUUCACAACUUGUACUGAUCCCUACCUCACCAUGACUCGGCCUGGCUCCUCUUCGGCGAGUCAGAACAAGGGGCGCUCUGACGCAGCCUCUGCCAUGUCCACUGUGGCCAGCAUCUUCUCUGGUCGCUCUGGCUCACGCCGCGGAUCUAGGGUACCCUCCGAAGACGGUCAUGGCGAUGCAUCCUCUCAUCAUCACACCCCUGGUACACAGGCCAGCCUUCUGCGCUCCCCUUCUCUGACCGCUAGCGAUCACGGCAGCUCGCCGGGGAAGCCACUCAAUCGUCAUGCCCGAAUGAAAAAGGCAAUGGCAGAGGCUCAGAACGAUGCCAUUGGCGAGCAGACUGGCCCAGAGUCAGAUCAUCCCGCGACCGCUGGGGAGAUUGUGCGUCCAGACAGCCCACGCUUCAACAUGGCGGCUAGGGCGAAACAGAGGGAAGAAGAAGGCAGGGCGAGGGGUGUGACCGACUCUACCAACGGUCUUGGCCUCAUAAGCGGCGAAAAGCCUGGCGAAGGCGCUCUGACCAUUGACCUUCUCGACGGUGAUGAGGUGGUCACGGCAGAGGGCGUCCCAGCUCACAGCACUCCGGCAAAGAACGGCGCGUCCGCCCCCUAUGCCCCUGUAGCUCGCUCUAAGACCGACACUGCAGUCUCGCACGACCCGUCUAUAUCCCCGAGGACCCGGCCAAGUGAAGAUCCCUACGUAGCCAGCCCCGCCGCCAUGAGUGCUGGAUCUCGAGCAAACUCUCUGCUUGUACCUGGCGAGCAAGGGCUCGGCGCACGCAAUGUAUCUCACGCAAUGCAGGGUUCCCAGUCUACAUCAGCCUUGUUGCUCGAUCCUCAUCACUCAAACGGCAAGCCACGUCUUUCUCGCAAGCUCUCUGAGGCUUCUUCAGUUGGGGCAUAUAGCGAAAGCGGUCGAGACUCGCCUACGCAACGAAAGAAGAUCGUUCCAGGCAAAGGUGGCAUUGGCGCUGCAAUCGCUGGUGCUGGUGCUGGAGCAUUGGGACUAGGAUAUCAAGGUCUGCAAUCGCUGUACGGUGACAGAAGCACAUCCCCUGCUGCAGUGGCUGCUGCUGCUCACGCUGCCAGUCCCAUGAUUCGUAACGCCUCUCACGGUCAGCCUGUGGACAAGGACUUUGUAGGAGACGUCCAGGGAGGACUCUAUCGAGACCCUGAAUCUGGCGAGAUGAUAGAGAGGAACAAUGCAACAGGAGAUGCUUCGCGGCUCCUGAACGUGUCUCAUCCACGCUCUCGUGCCGUUAGCGAAGCGUCGCUUGCUGAGAGUGAUGCCAGUGACGGUCUUGCAGCGGCAGCUGGCUUCACAGCAGCCAUGCAGGGCGGUGCUGGACAUCUCCCUGGGCCCUCUUCCGGGCCAAAUCAGCUCGGCUCAGCUGCUCCGUCCGUGGCAGUCGACUCAUCGCAUGCCGAACCAAGAUCCUACGAUGGCAGGUCACCUUCACGCGAUGGUCGAUUGAGCGCGCCAGACACGGCUUCCACGACCGGCUGGCAGCACUCUGACGUGGGCUCACAGAUUACGGGAUUUGCAGUGGCAAGCUCUAAGCGCAACAGCGAAUUCCACGCCUUGUUUCCUACAGUGUCCGACGAAGACUACUUGAUCGAAGAUUACGGCUGCGCCCUCGUUCGCGAAGUCUUCAUCCAAGGUCGAUUGUACGUCUCCGAGCACCACAUCUGCUUCAACGCCAACAUCUUUGGGUGGGUAACAAACAUCGUCAUUCCAUUUUCGGAAAUCGUCUCCGUUGAGAAGCGGAUGACGGCACUCAUCAUCCCGAAUGCGAUACAAAUUGCUACUCUUCACCACAAGCACACGUUCUCGAGCUUCCUCGGCAGAGACACAACCUACGACCUCGUUGCCAACAUCUGGAAGCUCAGUCAUCCAGAUGUUCCUUCAUCAGCAGCUGCCACACAUGAGAUGGACGCCGACUCUUCCGACGAAAGCGACGACGGGGCUUCCGUCACUCCGGCCUCGAGUGGAAUGGCCUCCAAGCUGAGGAAGAAGUUAAAGGCAAAUAAGAGUAAGGAUGCAGAAGCCGCCACGACGAAGGACGCCAAGAGCAAUGGCGGCGCAACAGCAGACAAAGGCGAUGACAAGGGCGGGAAGGGUGCUGGAGGAUCCAAGGAGAAGCAUCCAGCCACUUCUUGCCCGUGCGAGGGAGAGAAGAAGCACCUUGCCGUGACUGCGCUCGACACGACCUAUCCCGCAACUCCUGAGAAGGUAUACAACCUGCUGUUCAAGAACGACGACUUUAUGAAGAACUUUUGGACGGUUGAUGAGAAGCUGUUCGACCUUGAAGUCAAUGAAUGGAAGGACGGAGAAGGUGGACCCACCCGCUCCUUCUCCUACAUCAAGCCCCUCAAUGGCUCGAUUGGGCCGAAGCAGACCAAGUGCAACAUUACCGAUGAGACGGUCCACGUAGAUGGCGAUGAGUACAUCACGAUGCUAACGACUACUCGAACGCCCGAGGUUCCUUCUGGCAACUCUUUCAGUGUCAAGACGCGGACCUGCAUCACAUGGAAUGGAGGUGGCAAUGUGUCCAAGGUGCUGGUCACAUGUGCCACAGAGUGGACUGGGAGGAGCAUGCUGAAAGGUGUCAUUGACAAGGCGUCCAUUGACGGUCAGAAGCAGUACUACAAGGAUUUGGACGCAGCGAUCAAGAAGCACAUCAAGGAUAACAAGGAGGACUUCUUGGAGGAGGGCCAGGACCCUGACGAGGUCGAGCAGACCGUUAAUGGCGAGGCGGAGAAAGGUGCGAAAGAGGAGACGGACAAGGGAUCAGCCAGUACAGACGGAUCGCAACCCGAAGGCGUGCUAGCGCAGAUACUGGAGCAGGCCAAGACGGUAGCCUCUACAGUCGCAGAUGUUGUUGGCGGAGCGCUAGGAGAAGCAUCGCCGUCGAUGUUGGCCUUGGGCGGUGUGGUCCUGCUGCUCAUCAUCUCCAACAUCUGGGCGUUGAGCUCUUCAGGAGCGGGAGGCGGACAAUCUCGCGAUCCCUUGGAUCCACACCGUCUGCGAUCUCGUCCCUCGGGCCGCAGCUCCACUACCUCCUCGUCCCACUCUGCGCUGAGCGCAGAAGCUGUAGAGAUCGCCAAUGCGGUGCGAGACGUACUACGUGACCACCUCGGACCCAUGAAGGGCCACAUUGGUGCGGGUCUGGUGCCGCCUACCUCUCACCAUCCCUUGUCUGUCGAGCAAUGUCGAGGAGAGGCUGCGAGCAUCUUGGCCGAGCUGGAGGACAUGGAGGGCAGGCUGAAGAGGCUCAAGGAGCAGUGGGAGAAGGUGGUCAGUCAGGACAAGACUAUCGAGGGUGCUCCUUCUAGUCGCAUGUAGCGGCCUUCCGCUCCGUCGUAACGCCGACAAAUACCAUCAUUUGCCUUUACUCUCCCUCCUCUGUGCCCCUGGGUAUCGCCCCCAAGUGCUGAGCCUCUAU